GCUGCUCACAGUGCAGCUAGGGCUGGGUGCCAGGGCGUGAGCCCGGGAGGAGCCGAGCUAUCGAGCUAUCGCUCGCUAUGGGUUGAACCAGCUCUUUGGACUGAGCUGUUAAUCCGUAACUGCACGGCACCAGGCCGGAGCUGCGGGGCUGGCGGCUGGUCCCUCGCCGUGCUGUUUCUCUAAUGCGGUGAAGCAAUGGCGCACCCGGAGAUGGAAGAAAACCAGAUAUCCCUGGACAGCCUUGAGAAGGGCAUAGACAACCCAGCUUUUGAAUCUCCGGGUGAGGAGGGACUCCAUGAGGAGAACCAUGAUGGUCCACGUGGUGGGAGCAAGGAGGAAAGGCAAGGAGAAGGGAAAGGGAGAGUCUCCUCAUACUGCAGGAAGGCUCUGCAGCCAGCAUCCAAGGCAAAGCGCUUCUGCAAGGCUCAUGCCAAGACACUGCGGAUGGUCGCCUGGGGGAUCUUUGGAGUAGCCUACCUGUGCUACCUCAUUGCGGCCUGUUGGCUCAACUUCCAGCGAGCCCUUGCCUUGCUCAUCAUAACUGCUGUGGUUGUCUUCUUCAUGCUAUGGAGCCUCUUCAAGAAGUACUGUGGGGCAAAGGUAUUGCAGCUCCUCAGCCCUGUUCAGAAAUGCUUCCAAAAAUCCUGGCGAUGGCUGAAAUGGCUGCUGAUCGUGGUCCUCCUGGGCGGCCUGGUCACGUGGCUGGCUUUGGACACUGCCAGAAACCCAGAGCAGCUCAUCUCAUUAGCUGGCUUCUGCUUUAUUUUGCUGUUUCUGUUCGUCUUCUCCAAGCAUCACAGCGCAGUGUCCUGGAGAGCUGUUUUCUGGGGUAUUACCUUGGAAUUCUUAAUUGGCCUCUUCAUCCUCCGAACAACCCCUGGCAUCCAAGCUUUCCGGUGGCUGGGUGACCAGAUCCAGAUCUUCCUGGGCUACACCAAAGCUGGCUCCGUCUUUGUCUUUGGGAACACGCUCGUUGAAGAAGUCUUUGCCUUUCAGUCUCUGCCCAUCAUUGUUUUCUUCAGCUGUGUGAUGUCCAUCCUCUAUUACCUCGGUGCCAUGCAGUGGCUCAUCCUGAAGAUCUCCUGGCUGCUUCAGUUCUCAAUGGGCACCACCCCUACUGAGACCCUGAGUGUGGCAGGGAACAUUUUUGUGGGACAGACUGAAGCCCCACUGCUCAUCCGCCCGUACCUUGCGGACAUGACCUAUUCAGAAAUCCAUGCUGUGAUGACUGGGGGCUUUUCCACCAUUGCAGGCAGCGUGAUGGGAGCCUAUAUAUCUUUUGGGAUAGAUGCAGCAUCACUGAUUGCAGCCUCCGUGAUGGCUGCGCCCUGUGCCCUCGCUAUGUCCAAACUGGUCUACCCCGAAGUGGAAGAGUCCAAGUUCAAGGGCAAGGAAAGCGUCCACAUCGCCAGCGGGGAAGAGCAGAACGUCCUGGAAGCUGCUAGCAGUGGGGCUGCCGCCUCGGUGGGUCUUGUGGCCAACAUCGCAGCCAACCUCAUCGCCUUCUUGGCUGUGCUGGAGUUCAUCAACGCUGCCUUGCUGUGGUUCGGGGAGAUGGUGAACAUCAAAGACCUCUCCUUUCAGAUGAUCUGCUCCUACGUCCUCAUGCCCGUGGCCUUUCUCAUGGGGGCAGACUGGGCAGACUCGCCAGUGGUGGCCGAGCUCCUGGGGAUCAAGAUCUUCCUGAAUGAGUUCGUGGCAUACCAGCAGCUGGCCACGUACAAGAAGAAUCGGCUGGACGGCCUGGAGGAGUGGAACGGGGGCCAGAAGCAGUGGAUAUCUGAGCGUGCUGAGACUAUCACCACCUUUGCACUCUGUGGAUUUGCCAACAUCAGCUCCAUCGGGAUCAUGCUGGGAGGCCUGACCUCCCUUGUUCCCCACCGCAAGAGUGACUUUGCCUCCAUCGUGCUGCGAGCCCUGCUCACCGGCAUCUGCGUCUCCAUGCUCAACUCCUGCCUGGCAGGCCUCAUGUACGUGCCAACGGAGGUGAGCGACUGCGUGACCUUCUUCGGCACUGCCAACUUCACCUCUACCAGCUACCCCAUAUACACAUGCUGCAAGCAACUCUUCGCUAGCACGGUGCUGGAGAACGGGACACUCUCCUUCACUGGCGUCUGGGACGGCCAGGCAGAGAGCGAGCUAUGGCUGAUGCAGUGCUGUGGGCACUACAACCACACAUCCUGCACAUGGUGAACCCUGGAACUCACAGGCUGCUGCCAGCUCCAAGGAACACCAGGGUCCGCACACGCCGGUCCCAGAGGCACGAAAAAAACCAGCAUGGACGUGUGUGUCUGGUCCUGUCCACUCCAGUGAUGAAAGACAGCAUCAUGCACCUUGCAAUCUGCAGCCCUGGGUGUUGGCUCCUUGGACACAGGGGAACUGCUCUAAAAUAAACCUCAGGCUGUACAUAUCCCAUGA